AUGCCUGUACUCAGCCUGAAGCCUCUACUCAGCCUGAUGCCUGUACUCAGCCUGAAGCCUCUACGCAGCCUGAUGCCUGCCAGUUGACUCGAUGCCCGCUGUUGAUCCAGAUGAUCCGGUACCUGAUCCGGUGCCCGCUGUCGUGCCAAUUGACUCAGAGCCCGCUGUCGUACCUGGUGACUCGGUGCCCACUGCCUUGCCAGAUGACGCAGUGCCCGCUGGCGAGCCAAAUGACCUGAUGCCUGGUGACCCGAUGCCUGCUGUCGAGCCAGACAAUCCGGUACCUGAUGACCCGGUGCCCUCUGUCGUGCCUGUUGACUCGGAGCCCACUGCCUUGCCAGAUGACGCGGUGCCCGCUGUUGAGCCAAAUGACCUGAUGCCUGACGAUCCAAUGUCUGACCCAGUGCCCGCGGUCAUACCAGUUGACUCGGAGCCCACUGCCUUGCCAGAUGACACGGUGCCCGCGGUCGAGCCAAAUGACCUGAUGCCUGACGAUCCAAUGUCUGACCUAGUGCCAGCGGUCAUGCCAGUUGACUCGGAGCCCACUGUCGUGCCUGGUGACUCGGUGCCCGCUGCUCCGCCUGGGGGCCCGAGACCUGUCGCUCCGCCUGGGGGUCCAGCGCCCGCCGCUCCACCUGGGGGUCCGGCGCCCGCCGUCCCGCCUGGGGGCCCG